UGUUUGAUGGAAUCUCUGUUUACAAGGCUAGGCUUUAAUCUCGACCUGUUUCCUAGUGCUGUAGAGUUACUACACUUAAACUCACUACUCGCAGCUGCUUGCACUUCUUCCGUGGUCCGAUGAUGGCUAGGCGGCCAAGGCAGAGUAUAUAUAGCAGUGAUGAUGAUGAUGAAGACCUUGAAAUGUAUGAACAUGACUAUGAUGGUUCAUUGCCUAAAAGUGGGAAGCGUCAUUUAGGUAAAACCCGGUGGACACGUGAAGAGGAUGAGAAACUAAAAAAAUUAGUGGAGCAGCAUGGCACAGAAGACUGGAAGGUUAUCGCCAGUUUCCUUCCAAACCGGAGUGAUGUGCAGUGCCAGCAUCGAUGGCAAAAGGUGCUAAAUCCUGAGCUCAUUAAAGGCCCAUGGACAAAGGAAGAAGAUCAAAGGGUUAUAGAGCUUGUGCAAAAAUAUGGGCCAAAACGCUGGUCUGUUAUUGCAAAACAUUUGAAGGGACGGAUUGGAAAGCAGUGCAGGGAACGAUGGCAUAACCACUUAAAUCCUGAAGUAAAGAAAACGUCUUGGACAGAGGAAGAGGAUCGGAUCAUAUACCAGGCACACAAAAAACUUGGAAAUAAAUGGGCUGAAAUAGCUAAACUGCUGCCAGGAAGGACUGAUAAUGCCAUCAAGAACCACUGGAAUUCCACAAUGCGACGAAAGGUUGAACAAGAGGGUUAUCUACAGGACUCUCCCAAAGCCAGUCAGCCAUUAGUAACGUCAAAUUUUCCAAAGAACAAUCAUGCUGUCAGUUUCAGUCACACUUCAUCCUCUGUGCAUCUUCCAGCAAACCAGCAUGUGAUGAACAGUGACAACUAUCAUUACUACCACGUGACCGAAGCACAAAGUAUUCCUGGUCAGGUGCCUUACCCUGUAGCACUGCAUGUAAAUAUAAUAAAUAUUCCUCAGCCAGCUGCUGCUGCCAUUCAGAGACACUAUAAUGAGGAGGAUCCUGAGAAAGAGAAACGAAUAAAAGAAUUAGAGUUGCUACUUAUGUCAACUGAGAAUGAACUGAAAGGACGUCAGGACCAAGUUUCUGUUUAUUCAGGCUGGCAUGGUACUGCUACAGUUACUGAUAGCUCUGGAUCUCGCAGUGACAGCAUGCCCAUUCCUUGCUUGGGGGACCAUCCAAACCCUACUCCACCUUCUACGCCUAUGGAUCAUGGCAGUCUUCCGGAAGAAAGCGCUUCUCCAUCAAGAUGUGCAGUAGUCAGUCAGAGCAGUGUUCACUGUCCUUUAAGAAGCCAAACAGAAUUUGUUGAAACACUCCAGUUGAUUGAUUCUGAUCCUUCAGCAUGGGGCGAUAUCAACAGUUUUGAACUCCUUGAUGGAGCAGAUGCUUCGCCUAGCAAAUCUCCCCCAGGCAAAUUCAAUCAGCUCCAGCAAAAAGAGGGCAGUACGUGUGAUACUGAAGGCCAAACUAACACGGGCUUAAGCAAAAGCAUGUUGUGUCAGGGCUCUCAAGCUUCAAAGUUCUGCACAUCGCCAGUGGUAAUUCUCCGCAAAAAGAGAGACAAUCAUAGCUACUUUGCCAGUGGUGAUGGUAGCUUCUGCAUACUAGCUGACGUCAGCUGCUGUACUCCCAAGUGCUCCCCUGUCAAAAUCCUACCUUUCUCUCCCUCUCAGUUUUUGAACACUUCAAGACAUGACAGUAUGGACAUGGAUAAUACUCCAUUAACUUCCACUCCGUGCACUCAGAAGAACCUUGCUACAGCACCACUUCAUCAUGAACAAACAAAACAUCAGAAGGAAAAUGAUGUUUUCAGAACACCAAACCUUAGGAGAUCAGUAAUGGAAACCUCUCCAAGGACACCCACCCCAUUCAAAAAUGCACUUGCAGCACAGGAGUUCAAAUUCGGUCCUUUGAAAAUGCUGCCUCAGACCCCAACUCAUCUUGCAGAAGACUUGCAAGAGGUUAUCAAACAGGAAGCAGAUGAUUCUGGAAUUGUUACUAGACUACAUGAAGACAAUCACCCUCCAUUGAAGAAAAUAAAGCAGGAGGCAGUUUCUCCAGAUGGUAAAGUAAGGAGCUAUCUCUGCUGUAAUCACUGGGAAGGGGAGAAUCUGAAUACACAACUCUUUCUUCAAGGACCUCCUCUAGAGGAUGUACCGAUGCAAAGCCUCCUCACCAGUUCAGUAUUAAUGAUGCCUGUAUCACAGAAGGAAGACAGCAUUCUUAAAGCGUUAAGCCUGCCUAGAAGUAGGCAGUUAAAUAGUCCUUUGCAGCUUAGCAAUAAUUGGGAAGCUGUAACAUGUGGAAAGACAGAAGAUCAGAUGAUUGUAACCGAACAAGCACGAAAAUACAUAAAGACAUUUUCUAAUAGGACAUUGGUUAUAUAAAAGUUUCAUGAUCAGCAUUACAUUUUAUGAAACACUUUGACUUGUGAUCAACAUUUCCUCUACAUGAAACUUUCAUGAAUGGGAGAUCAUUUUUGUUGUGGUACAACAGUUGGGAGCAGCGCACAAAUGUUUUUUUCUUCACUGAGCAUAUUCUCGUUGAGUUUCGUCUGACUAAACUGAAUUCUUGACAAGCAGCAUUUUUUUACCUAAAUUGUUAGGUAAUACAUUUCAUUCGGUUUCUUGUUAAGAGCUUUAUUAAGAAAAAUCAGAAUUUAUACUGCAUACUUUUUAUGUUUGCAAUUAUUUUUUCUGACUUGUUUUGGAAAACGAGCAGACUUUACCAGUAUUGUUUUUCCCUGUGGUUUUGUAUAAGGAAUAUUAUUAGAGCAGGUACUCAAUAACUGAUGUAAUAUAGUUAACUGAAUUGCACUGAUAAAGUACAAAAUAGCAGUAAAGCAUUACUACAAACCAACAUAUUUAAUAAGAUUGUGAAUAUUCAAAAUUGGCAACGUUUAAAGUACUGUUUUGUUUUGAGUUUUUAUUCUGGUUCUGAACCAUUUUUUAUGUGUAUGUAUGUGUGUAUUUUUAAGCUUGCUUAACUGAAUUACUACUGUAUGAACAUAGUUUUAUGAAACAAAUUUAUAUUUUUAUUCAAUAAUUUAAUUUUGUAAAAUGCCAAAAGGAUAAUGUAUUUUGCUGCUAUGAACAUUAGCAAGUUGGAGUGUUGCUAGUGUUAAAGGGGCAGUAAAGCUUUAUGGGAGAAACAGAUGUGUUUUUUAGCUAAUUUAAUGUGCACUAGCAUUUGGGUUUUUUUGUUUAUAAACAUUAUUUUUAAACACUGUACUUGGGAGAUAUGUUUUGUCAUACUGGCAAACAGGGUCUUGCACCUUUGAUUUGUGUGUUUGUUUUUUAAACACCUUAUGUUUAUUAUAUAUUUUAUUUCAUACAGUUACUGGCUAAAUAUUCUUUGGCUGUUUAAUACACUUACAGUAAUUGCUGUAUUUGCAAAUGCAUCAAUGUGUUUUUAUACUGCCAUAGCAGACAUUUACAAAUACAAAAACACUGGUUUGCAAUUUCUGCUGCCUUGCUUUCUGUGCAGCUCAUCUGCACUUAACCUUUUGUUAGAAAGGACUGCCCUGUAAAUAGGUAAUAAAGUGUGUUUCUUUUUUACAUAAACAUCUGUCAUUUACUGCUU